GGUUGUUCAAAAUCAGCAGCAUCUCUUCCUGCAUCCUCAGUCUGAACCUGCAGAUUGGCUUGUGAUCUUCGCCGAUAAAAUAGGCUGACCGAUUUUCAACGACAUGGCUUAUAUUCGAAUUCUAUGUGGCUCUGAUGGUUGGUCUCGGAGUAGACAUUGCCGCAGCAUGUCAACCACAAUGCCCCAAGUGUCCACCGAUGAGGACUUUCUACAAUGGCAACUGCUACCGUUUGUUCGGCAUUGGCAAGACCUACGAUGAAGCUGAGAAGCACUGCCAGCAGUUCACUCAAGUCGGCCAGGGCCACCUGGCGUCCAUAGCCAGCGCCGGCGAGAAUAAUCUUCUCCUCACGCUGUGGAAGUCGGCCCGUGGAACGACAUCAGGCGGCCUGUGGAUCGGCUUCAACGACUUGGCAGGGGAAGGGAACUACAUCUGGACAGAUCGAUCAGCGCCCAGCUACACCGGAUGGGCCGAUGACCAACCCGACAACCACAGUGGUAAUGAGCACUGUGUUCACAUGCGGGAGGAUGGGGACAACGCAUGGAAUGACAUCGAAUGCGGCCAAUCGUUCUCCUACUUGUGCAAGAUGACCACUACUAAAUAAAUGGGCCACACAAUGGACGACCACGGAGAUGCGAUUUGCCACAUUAAACCCGGAGCCCUCAUGAUUGAUACCAAGUCGAUGUUAUCGGCUAUGAUCGCCAAACAUUAUUACUCAACGGACACUCACAAACAGUAUCACUUGCAAACUUAAUGGUUGAUUUUCAUUGCGUAGAAUGCUGGCCAACUACACGGUGAAAACAAAUAUCGUUUGCACUUCGCAUUUUCGUGGCACAAAGUGUUUAAGAACCUGCAUGCUUUCAAGUUUAACAUUAAGUACUUAGCUUUUGCUCGUCUAACUAGGUGUCCAGUUUAAUAGUGAAAAAAAUAGCAAAGAUCAUAAGCAUCCAUGAACUAGUCUGCUGGCUUAGGACUAUACGUUUAAGUCGCACUCGCCGCACACCCCCCAAAGUUGAAGGAACCAACGAACUGCGUAAUUUGGGAAUGAUUUUCAGAGCUGCAAUGCACAACGAAACUUUCCAUUCAAAAUCAGACUCCAUAUAUUACCGGCUCCAAAAUCAGUUGCAAGUUUUUACUCUACUGGACACUGAUUAUUUUAAGCUCAGUCACUGUGUCAUUAGCACAAAAUUGCUCUGUUGUCGUUUUAGUGUUCAAAUGUGUCAUUUUAAUUUCAUUCUCUUGUCAAAUUUUACUUAUUGGCUAGGGAGUUGUAUUGGUAUUUUUUGUGAUCUAAGUGAACUAAAACCAGAUUACUUACAUUAUGAUGAACUUGAUUAUAAAUACAAAUUGAUUGAGUGACAAGAACACAAGUCCUGAUUGAAUUUACAUGAUGUAGAAAGCUAGCGCUGGAUAACCAAGUUGCAUUAAAAAAAAAUGGAACGAAAUGUAAAAUCAACUUGUGAUUGUUGCUGGAAAUGAACAGCCUCACAGCUGUUUCCAAUAGAUUAGAUGGUCUGCAAUGGAGAUUACAAAUAGUUUUAU